GCAAAAGCCCCUAAAAGAGACGGUACUACGAUACCACAAUACUAUAAUGGCACACGAGCAAGCCCGAGUCUACUCUCCCCACCCACAAGCGAGAUACGCUAGAGACAAAUACUCCAGCUCUCAACGAAUAUUCGAAGACACUCACAAGCCUCGCGCCCAUGAGCUUUCUGGAGCCAAUGACGCACCGUCAGAAGCAGACGCCCAAGUUCUUCCAAGGGCCUUGGGAUGGAUCCCUAGCAAACCUUCUCAAAGAAGCUUCCCUCGCUUAGGCCGUUUGGUUGCCAUCCCCCAGAUUCAACCAGAUACUCUUCGAUCAGGUCCUAUGCCUUUCUACAGGGCAUACGCCCCAGACCUCUCCUACCACGCCAUCACGCUAGAGGAAUUUGUCGGCUUUCUAGACAACCUCACUGUGGCUCGAGCACCUGCGGCCCCAUUUCAAAUACUACAACUCGCUAGUAUGGGUAUCGGGUUUGUGCCUCAUCAUUGGACACAAGCAGCUAGUGCAGGAAUUGGUGUAGUAGCCGGUGCGGGGACCGCCUCCGUGAGUGCUGCCAGAUCGAAGCUAUACUUGAAACAGGCGAAUGAACAGUACUUUGGACCUCGUGGUCUCAAAGUGACACUUGUCAAGGACGAAAAGUUCAGACUAUUGACGUGCGAAGACCCAAGGUCAUAUCCCUUGGCGCCUGUAAGCGUUUCCUCGCAUAUCACCGUCGCAGAGCGUCGCAUGAAAGCUUUGGAGAAUCACAUAGCGCCAUUAACUUUCGACGUCCCAUCUCCUGAACCACAGACCAACGUAUUGGACAAAUUAAGCGCCAGACAGGUGCAAAAUACGAUAAGGAAAAGCCAGGAGAAAGCCAUCAAGCAAGCCCGAAAGAAGAAUGAGCCGUUGAAAGCAUCUACAAAGGAAACGAAAGACCAAAAAAAGGCACUUAAAGAAGCAGCGAAUCUGAAAUGGGUUGUCGUUGAGAAUAUAUGAUGUGUAAAUGCAGAGAUAGAACUUGGA